UCUCUCGUGCGGAUUUCUCAGAAGGCCCAGCCCAACUUCAACCGACAAGUUCGACCCGAUUGGGAGAGUUAGGGCAGUUUCCCAAACCGGUGAUAUAAAUACCCCAGGACGUCACAGGUAAGCGGUUAGGGCGUAAACGAAGUAACGAGCCGAAGAAGAGGGCUUUCCUUCGUCGAGCAUAAAAAUUCUAUCUUUUAUUCGAAGAAGAACAAGAACAAGAUGGAUCGGUACCAGAAGGUCGAGAAGCCGAGGGCGGAGACACCGAUUGACGAGAAUGAGAUUCGGAUUACGAGUCAAGGGAGGAUGCGGAGCUACAUCACAUACGCCAUGACUCUGCUUCAGGAGAAAGGUUCGACUGAGAUUGUGUUCAAAGCAAUGGGCAGAGCAAUCAAUAAAACUGUGACGAUGGUGGAGUUAAUAAAGAGGAGGAUUGCUGAUCUCCAUCAAAUUACAUCAAUCUCAUCCAUUGAUAUCACUGAUACUUGGGAGCCCCUUGAAGAAGGCCUCCUUCCUCUGGAAACCACAAGGCAUGUCUCGAUGAUUAAGAUAACACUCUCAAAGACGGAGCUGAAUUCAUCAUCUGUAGGGUACCAACCUCCACUACCAGCCGACCAGGUCAAGGCAUUGCCCGAAUUUGAUUAUGAUGGAGAAGGAUCACCUACUGGUCGUGGAAGGGGCCGCGGUGGAAGAGGGAGGGGAAGAGGAAGGUCUAGAGCCCCUUAUGGGAAUGGAUAUCCGGCUGCUGAGUAUGAUGAUGGAGGUUGGGAUGGCAAUCGCGGCUAUGCAAGGGGCCGGGGUCGAGGAAGAGGUCGUAACUUCCGUGGCCGUGGAAGAGGAGGGUACAAUGGUCCCCAAAUUGAUAUGCAGCAAGAUGCAAGUGGUUACAACCAAGAAGCUCCUGCUCAAGGUUACAAUGAAGAAGCUCCUGCUCGAGGCCGUGGUCGUGGCCGUGGGAGGGGAUUUGGAUAUGGAAAUCGGGGAUAUGGAAAUCGUGGAAGGGGUCGUGGUUUUAGAUCUAACGGGCCCAAUUACGCAGCUGCUGGAGAUGCUUAGCCCCGUUCUCCUUUGGACUCAAUGCAGGGUUUCUGCUCUAUGAAUGAUCUAUUUGGAUGCCCGGUCCAUAUCUAUCUGUAUUUAUCUUUUUCGGUCUUACUAAUUUUACUUUUAGGAAGUCGAUGUACACUAAUUUCCUGUUUUCGGAACAAGUUUUUGAUUUUGAAUUUUUCGUAGAGGUUGGAGAAUUCUAAUUUACUGUAACUGUUCUUGUUCACUGACCGGCACAUUCAUUUAUUUAUCUGGUUUGAUUAGUUA